GUUUCUCAUAAACACCAUAUCCCUUGUUCAGAGUACUUCCAGGAAGAAAAACAGAAUUGAAAACUUGAAAUAUGUGUGGGUUUCUCUUAACACUGCUGCUCAGUUUCUUCCUUUUUAAUGGCUCCUCAGAGGGUAGCCAUGAUUCUUCUGCUGUUGUUGUUGGAACUGUGUACUGCGACACGUGUUUCCACCAGGAUUUUCCAAGGACCAACCAUUUCAUUUCAGGUGCAACUGUUGCAGUGGAAUGCGAAGAUAGUAAGAGUUCAAGGCCAAGGUUUCGGCAACAAGUGAAAACCAACAAGCAUGGCGAGUUCAGAGUUCAUUUGCCGUUUUCAGUGAGCAAACACGUGAAGAAAAUCGAGGGCUGUUCGGUGAAACUGAUUAAAAGCAGUGAACCGUAUUGUGCGGUGGCUUCGUCGGCAGCUUCGUCUGCAAUCCAUCUCAAGUCAAGGAAGCGAGGAGGAGCUCGUGUUUUCUCAGCUGGGUUUUUCACCUUUAAGCCAUUGAAACAACCUUUGUUGUGUAACCAGAAACCGAGUGUUGAUAGCCUCAAACAACUCAGAAACAAACCGCCACCGUCAUCUGUUCAUCCGAACCAGCUUCUGCCGCCGCCCGUUCUUCCUCCGAACCCCUUUCUGCCUCCGCCACUGCUUCCUCCAAGCCCACUUCAGCCACCGCCAUUGCUUCCUCCAAACCCACUCCAGCCGCCGCCAUCUCCGCUAGUUCCAAACCCACUUCAGCCUCCUCCAGCACCAGUUACACCAUCUUUGCAUCCAAUUCCAGGGCUACCACCAUCGCCGCCGUCGUCACCUUCACCGGAAUUCCCGUUUCCUCUUCCACCAUUUCCUUUCACUCCUAUUCCUCCUUUCCCCGGCGUUCCCCCGGCGAAAUCUUCUCCUUGAUCCAAUAGUAGUUGACCUCCCAUGUACAAUUCUCCAAUAACAACUUUUUAACAUUCUUG